UUAGGCGUGGUAGGACCAUCGUUAGGAAGGAGCAGCUCCGAGUCCUGUUCAUUGACUUACAUUUCAGCAGGGAGCAGCAUAGAUCCACUGCUUCUGCCAUUUGGAUGCAAUGAAAUCGAAGAAAUCCGCCUUCGCCAACACAUCCACCGGUUACGGCAGGCACAAACACAGUGGAAAAGGUCACUCCCACGGACAAGGACACUCCUCCAACAAGGACAAGGCCGAGAGCAAGACCAAACAACGCGAUCAAAAGGAUCAAAAUGACCAGAAGGAGGAGGACAAGGACUUAAAUUCCGGUUUCGGCGACUAUCUUCGCACGCCGGAGGCAUUUGAGAUGAUGAAACUGUUUGUAUUUGCCAAUACCAUAAUGCUAAUUGUGACAAUGGCCUGGCCGCAUAUCAAGGAACAGUUCUACAUGAUUAAUCAGUGGCUGGAAAGCUUCCGUGAGGCACAGCAGUAGUAAAAAAAAGAAAAGGACUUUAAGUUAAGGGACUUAAAAUGGUGGGUCCAUUCGUGC